GAUAACACUUUCUGGAUCUGUAGCACUCCAUUACUGUGCAAAAUUUCCACAAUACUUCUCAAGAUCGUCUUCCUCUCUUCCCAUUCGAUAUUCAACAACUGUACAAGGAUGCCUCCUCCGAGCUCACUUAAACAAGAAUUCCUGAAGAAAUGGAUGAUGGGUCUUCAUAUAUGCAGCUCUUCGAAAAAGAACAUGAGUAUUUUAGAGAGAAAGAAGGCUAUUAAGCUAUCUGCAGACAUAGCCUUGGCGUCUGCCAGAAACGGCACCACCUGCUGGAGUCAAGCUAUCAUUGUCAAUGCUUCUCAAGAUGACCAGGAUAAAAUCCUUGUCCAGCAUGUUUUGGGUAGGGAGUCCGAGAGAUUAAUGAAGAAGGGUUCGGUCCUGCCAUUGACAAGCAACAAGAGGAUUAGGAGCAGGAAGAUCUUGAGAAGAAGCUGCGGAUCGAUCCGAAGAAGGGCAAGAAAGACUAUUGCUACUUCACCUCCAAAAGUUGUUGCAAUUUCUAUUGCGAAGAAGUUGAUUAGGAAAAGAACACAGUUGUUGAAGAGACUGGUUCCCGGUGGCAAAUUCAUCAUGGAUGAAAUCUCUUUGAUUGAAGAAACUCUAGAUUAUAUCAUUUCUCUUCAAGCUCAGGUGGAUGUAAUGCGCAGUCUCGCCAAUGCUAGCUAAGCAACUCGAAUUAAGAGCAUCAAUGGUAUAUGUUAUUCUUUGUGCAUAUUUUUGGCUAAGAAACGAGGGGAGUGGUUUUGUUUUAUUGAAGUAUGGGAAGAGAGAUGAUGAAAGGCUCCUGCUUUGGCAAUUGAAAGCCUGAAAUUGCUCGCCCGUGCACACAAUAUUGCUCUUUUCCGGUUUCCCCACCCUGCAAAUGCUCUCUAUGUUAGGAUGUUGACAAGAGGAAAAGUUUGAAGCUCCUGCAGGUUAUGGAAACUCUUCUUAUUGUAAUAUACAUAAAUGUUCUAUAUGCACACGUCUAUGAGUAAAAGAUGUGUGUACAUACUACCUAUGAUUGGAAGCUGGAAUAAAUUAAGAAAAUGGGAGUUUCUCAGUGAGUUCUUUUAUCA